CACGAAGCGAACACUUUGGCGCGAUCGUUUGCACCCAAUGCGAAUAGUGCUCGAUGAAUCCUCUUGCCUGCGAUAUGAAAUGCUUUGCAUAAUCUUAUUUGGAUAAAUCUGUAAUUCCAAACAACCAUUAUGACAGCCAUUCGAUUGGCGGGGCCCACUCUCAGCUUAACCGCCUUUCUUGCUAUAUAUGCUCGAGCGCAAGCCGAUUAUGGUGUGGACUGCUCCUUCCCCAUCCACAGCAAAGAGUUCACGUGCGGCAACCUUCUCGGCGACCGAAAGAAAGUUUAUGAAGACUUCAUGGAUGGAUGCAGAAAGCGUUAUGGUAGUAAGGCAUCACGAUGCGAUUCCACCGAGGACGAUCGUAUCGAAAUGAGUUUGCGGCAACCUCAAUCGAUGGUGAACUAUACUGAAACGGGCUUCAAAAAAGUACGCGCCCCAAAGAAUGUGAUGGAUUUGCUCAAUGCUCACUGGAAAAGGAAUAAAGAAGGCCUCUUCGAUCGUGAGGAGAUCUGGCCUGCCGGUAACGUGUACGUGAAUCACUGGGCAAGUCCAACAUACAUGUCAUCUGUGGAAGACACUAAUACUCGUGGAGGUGGAUAUGCGUUAAAAAAAGCCGUUUGGGAUGCGGUCAAACCUGUCAUUGAAUCGUGGACCGGCAUGGAACAAAAACCAAUCAGCAUGUACGGUAUCCGUGCAUACACGGAUGGUGCAAUAUUGAAUCCUCACGUCGACCGACUGCCGUUGGUUAGCUCCUGCAUCAUUAAUGUGGACCAGGACGUUGAUGAAGAUUGGCCUCUCGAAGUCUAUGACAGACAUGACCGAGCCGUCAACGUUACCAUGCAACCGGGUGACCUUGUCUUGUACGAGUCAGGAUCUCUAAUGCAUGGACGCCCUUUUCCUUUGAAAGGUCGCUAUUACGCGAACAUUUUUAUCCAUUUCGAACCCACCGGACGCAAGUUAGGGGACACAUCUCUAGCAUAUUUAGACGAACUCGAUGACAUCCUUCCUCCGUACCUACUUGCCAACUCUCCCGAAACCGACAACUGGUUGAGAAAGAAUCCGCACGGGUGGAACAAGCCGUCGCCGUCUGCUCCAAUUCAGCAAGUAAAUGCCCCGGAGGGACAUCACGCUGCGGCCACUGGGGACAUUACUAGAUUGGCCAGACUUGCACAAACCAAUCGCAAGGCAUUGCACGCCAAGGAUAAGAAUGGGUGGCAACCGCUGCACGAGGCUGUCCGGGCCGAUAACAAGGAGGCUGUUGAGCUUUUGAUCAGUUUUGGUGCCGACAAAAAUGCCCGCGUGGGAAAGAAUGGGGAAGGUGCUAGCGCUCUAAACCUGGCCUUGGACUAUCUGAACGUUGGAGCACAUACAACGAACUACCUGUUGAGUAUCGACGCCCAGAACAUUGAACCUGAUCUCUAAAGGGGAGUAACACUUUUGCAUAGCGGCUUCAUAAUAUUCGAAUAGAAAACACAACACAGCAGUACCCAGUUCCUUUCGCAGAUCCAUUUAUUAAGAAUUAAAAAAGGUCUUGUUGAGGAGC